CAGAAGGUGACUGCCUUUUGCAUAAUCGCAGCGUUGGUUUUUAAUGUUGAGAUCACUCUCUGGGUCUGAUCUGACGCUUUAUAACCAUAGCCAUGCCAACUCUCUUUCUUUCCCACAGUCAAAACUUAGGAACUCUGAUUCAACUGACGACAGUGAAUUGAAAGCAACCAAUACUUGAGAGUAGGUCACCAAAAAGCAUCUUCACGCUUCCCAUUCUGUGUUUCACCCUUUCUUCUUUCGUUCGUAAGCUCCUUAAAAGUUAAAACAACUCUUCUCUUCUUCUUCUUUAUAAACAUACUCAAACCCUUCAACAAUGACCAGAACAAGUUCCAACAAAAAGGAGAGAAAGAAUCGUUCAUGGAUCAUGAAGAUCUCUCCAGAUCACUUCCUCCUCUCAGCCCUCUUUCCCAAUACAUCAAUAGCUCAACUCUCUCAGUUCCCAUAAUAAUGGUGAUCGAGUUGGAUUCCCCAAUAGAAAAGUCUAAGAUGAUUGAGUUCCUCCGCGACGUCUUCGUCCCCAUCAACGAUCGGUUCUCCUCCAUCAUCGUCACCGACAAAAAGGGUGUGCAAAGGUGGAAGAAGGUGGAGAUUACCAUAGAAGACCACAUCUUCUUCCCAACCUUCCCGUCUUCAGGUCAAACCUUGGAGGACUACGAUGCUCUUCUGGACACCUACGUCUCAAAGGUGGCCAUGGAGACAACCUCAGAGGGGGGUCGUCGCCCUCCAUGGGAAGUCCAUGCCUUCACUUACCCAACCAGUAAUGCGAAGGGGACAAUAGUAUUUAAGCUUAGCCAUGCCAUUGGAGAUGGUUACUCCCUCAUGAGUGCCCUUUUUAAUAUUUAUAAGAGAGCUGAUGAUCCUUCUCUUCCAGUGACUAUGCCUAGUGUUGUACCUAGACCCAUAGGAGGAGGAGGGUCUUCAAGGUGGUCCAGAAUAAGGAGCUUUGUUUCGAUGUGUGUUAAUACUGUUACAGAUUCUGCUUUGAGCUUGUUGCAGGCUACCUUGUUGGAGGAUGACAAGACUGUGAUCCGAUCGGGGAAGGUUGGGGUGGAGUUUGAGCCCAUUUCCAUCUCGUCUGUUACCUUUACUCUGGAUCAAAUACGCCAAGUCCAGGACAAGGUUGGAGGAACGACUGUUAAUGAAGUGAUGACUGGGGUGAUAUCGUACGCCAUCCAACUCUACAUUCAGCGAACUGGGAAGGUCUCUAAUGGUGCCACACGCAUGACAGCGUUGGUGGUUGUGAAUGCAAGGAUGUUGAGAGGGUUUAAGACCAUCGCAGAUAUGCUUAAAGCCCACAUAUGGGGGAAUCACUUCAGCUUAUUGCACGUAGCACUUCCAUCCACAUCUUCUGAUCAGGAUCUCAACAACGUUGAUCCCUUGGAGUUCAUCAUCAAAGCCAAGGAUGAACUCAGGCGAAAAAGGAAUUCAAUGGCCCUCUACUUCACUAGCAGGAUAUGGAACAUCAUUAGUAGCUUGAAAGGCCCAGAGGUUGCAGCAGGGUACGUCCAUGCCAUCUUCAAGAACACAAGCAUCUCAAUAUCUAGUUUGAUUGGUCCUUCACAGAAAAUUGUGAUAGCAGAUCAUCCUAUCAACAGUUUCUACUACACUGUCGCGGGCAUUCCUCAGAGCCUCAUAUUCACUAUUGUGAGUUAUAUGGGAAAGCUGAAGGUGGUGGUGAGAACAGAGAGGGAGUUUAUUGAUGCCCAAGUCUUUGUUUCAUGCCUGAAAGAUGCCUUGGAAAAGAUUUCUGAUGCUGCUGAUGAUCACGGAAAGGAUGGAAAGGUUGAAUUCCACUGAGCUAUCUAUAACUUCCUCACACCCAGCUAGUUAUUCAAGUUAUAUAUAAUUGGAUAGUGCAUGAAGUUCCUUUAUUGUAA